AUGGCGUCAGAGGCGGCGCCAGGUCAGCUCGGCGCGCGAUGGACUCCUCCGGGAGGUGGCGCUGACGGGAAAGCGGGAGGGAGUAGCGGCGGUAGUAGUGGUGGUGGUCUGCGUGUAAAUAACAGCCUGUGCAACGAGAAAGUGCCGUUCGUUCCGCAAAACGGACGACGAGUCACGUGGUACAUCUGCGGUCCUACAGUGUACGACUCGUCGCACAUCGGCCACGCGCGAACGUACCUCUCCUUCGAUAUUAUCCGCCGCAUUCUCGAGGACUAUUUCGGGUAUGACGUGUUCUAUGUGAUGAACGUUACUGACGUGGACGAUAAGAUCAUCGUAAGGGCCAGGAAGGAUUACCUCAUCAAGCAGUAUCUCCAUGCCACGUCAGAUGCCGCGCAGGUCUUGGCUGACACACAAGCAGCGCUGGGAGCAGCAGUGGAGAAGCAACGGGGUGUGGUAGAGGGGUUGAAGAAGACAGCAGAGGGGGAGAGCAACGAGAAGAAGAAGGAGACGCUGCUGCAGCAGGCCGCACAGGAGGAGCUUAAACUGCAGCAGCUGGAAGGAGCGGCUAAGGUUGUCUUGGAGCGGCUGGGCCCGGCGUGCGUGGCGGCUGGCGGGCGGCGAGGAGUGUCUCUUCUGCUGGGGAGGCGGGCAGAGGAGGUGGAGGCGAAGGAGGAGGGAGCGGUGGGUGACGAGGCACGAGUUAAUGGCACAGCAGCCGAUGGGGCUGCAGCCACAGCAGAUGGGGUUGCAGCAGCAGCAGGUGGGGAAGCAGCAGGAGGUGAAGCAGCAGAGGGUGACAAGAUAGCAGCAGAGGCGGCAGCAGAUGCACUGGCAGCGUCGUUGGAUGCGAAGCUGAAAGCGACUGUCACUGAUGUGUCCAUCUUCAGACGCCUCGCUGCCAAGUAUGAAGUGGAGUUCUUUGAAGAUAUGAAGGCGCUGGGAGUGCGGCCACCUCACGUGCUCACACGUGUUACAGAGUACAUCAACGCAAUUGUCAACUAUGUGGACACGAUAAUUAAGAAUGGUUGCGCGUAUGCCAUCAACGGGAGUGUCUACUUUGACACCAAGACCUUCAAGUGA